AAGCACAGUUUUUAGUCAUUCAUUGUUUGAGCAAGAUGUUGAUUAUGCACAUAAUACCCAGCAUAGGAAUAUAGAGACAAAAGUGAAGCAAUCCCGGCCCUCCAGGAUCUUACACUCUAUUGAGGGAAACAGACGGGUACACAGAAAAGUAAAUGCAGAAUAGAUGUGAAAUAGUGUGGUGGGGAGAGAAUGAGGAAAGGCCCAUGUAAAGGAUUGCAUUGAAGCCAAACCUCAAAGGAAGCUGGGGCUUAGCUAGGGGGUGCAGCGGAUAGACCACCAGUCCUGGAGUGAGGAAGACCCAGAUUCACAUCCAGCCUCAGACGCUUCCUAGCUGUGUGCCUCUGGGUAGGUCAGUUCACCCCAUUUUGCCUCAAUUUAUCCAUUUGUAAAAUGGGGAUAAUAAUAGCACCUACCUCCCAGGAUCAAAAGAAGUAACAAUUGUAGCACUUAGCACAGUACCUGGCACAUAGUAAGCCCCAGCUGAAUGUUAGCUGUCAUUAUUAUCAAGGCAGAAAUAAGAGACCACAUGAUGAGAGCUCUUGCUCUUUCUAUCAGCUGAGUGUCCCAGGUCCCACCCACACCUCCUCACUGACCAAAGAGGGGGACAGCGUGCACAUUCCUGAACUUGGUAUCCAGUGUUGCCUUCAAGUUGUGAAUAAGAGACGCAUGGCUGGGGGCCAGGAACAGGACCAUGAUAGCUGGCUUCAAGCAUUGGCAUGGUUGCCAUCCAAAUGUGACUUUUUCUGCUUGGGCAGGUUUCAGUUUGAUUUUAGGAAAAAUACCCCAACAAUGAGAACUGCCCACAACUGGAAUGGACUGCCUCAGGAAGUAGUGAGCCCUCUUCACACGAAGGUGGGGUGGCCACUUACCUCAGAUAUGAGCUGAAUUAAAGGAUCUCUGAGGACCCUCCGAACUCUAAAAUCACUGUUAUGUAAUCUUACAUUUCUUCAAGCAAUUCACCUGGUUACAUAUACGUAAAAUGACAAUUUACCUGGAGAGGGAGGCCUUCCUGCUUUCCACAUUAUUUCAGAAGGCACCUCAGAAGCUCACAUAGGGGUGGAUCAGUCUUGGGGUCAUGCCAAGGCCUAAUACUGCUAUGUAGCAUUUGAGAGCACUGCCAUCCAUCAACCAAAAAGUCAUUCUCCAGACGUGUACCCCGGCUACUCUGAAGGUUGGGGAUGAUGCCACACUUCUACAUUCUAAGAGUUUGGCCAGAUCUGAAGGCCAGGGGAGCCGUCACCCCUCUUUCCAAAGAACAUCAAUUUUAAAUGGAGGCCCAACACUAUUAACAGAAAGCCCCCUUCCCCAAUCCAGUGGCGCCGUGUGUUGCUGCAUCCUUUUUCCAGGACCUGUUACUCUGGCUGAACCUUAGUGAGGAAAGGCUGCAUUAUGGCGAGCCCACAGCUGGAAGGUUGAGGUCACGCUGCGUGAAGACUAAAGGAAUGGAUGAGGGCUGCCAAGCCUGGAGAGGAGACCCUGAGGAGACAGGAGAGCUGCCUUCAAGUAUUUGAAGGGGUAAUCACGUGGAAGCGAUGAAAUGUGCUCAGUUUGGCCCCAGAGGGCAAAACCAGUUGAGGCGAGUGGCAGAUUUCUGGUUGGCGCCAGGAAGAAUUUCCUGAGAAAGAGAAUUUUCCAAUCGUGGAACAGGUGACUUUGGAAGAUGUAGAAACAUGAAUACUUUCUUCAAGAAAUGGACCAGGAAGCACUGGGUGUGGCAAACACCAAACAACAUCUCAAAACAUGAAGCUAGUUAUAUUGUAAUAGACAGUAAAUGAUUGGUUGCUAAUGUGCAGUUGUAUCCAAAUCAGCUGUAUGCACACAACAAUUAGACUGCCAAUUUGUUAAAUCAGAGGUCAAAAUUAAGACAGAACUAAUAGAAAAAAGCAAAAUGAAAAGAUAUAUGCAAUUGAGGCAACUGAAUGGCAAAAAGCCAUUGAAGAUGAAAAAUGUGAACUGGAUAAAAGGAGAGACAUUGACACUGGCUGUCACCAUUUCCUAAGGAAGUUAAAUGAGGCCGCUGAGCGGGUAAUUAAAAGCCGCGGCGCCGCAGCAGGGAAACAGAUGGCGUUUGCUUACUUUGAUUCCACAGGAGUGGAAGGCUGGCCUCAAUGGAGCUGCGCUCGGAGCUGCCCAGUGUGCCCUCGGCGGCCGGGCCCCCGGUGGCGCAAGGCUCCGUGGCGUCCGUGGCGUCCGUGGCGGCGGCAGCUGCGGCAGCCGCAUCGCUGCCGGUGAGCGUGGCAGGCGGCCUGCUACGGGCGCCACCCCUGCUGCUGCGGGCAGCCGAGAAGUACCCGCGCACACCGAAGUGCGCGCGGUGCCGCAACCACGGUGUGGUGUCGGCGCUCAAGGGUCACAAGCGCUACUGCCGCUGGAAAGACUGCCUGUGCGCCAAGUGCACCCUCAUAGCCGAGCGCCAGCGGGUCAUGGCCGCGCAGGUGGCUCUGCGCCGGCAGCAGGCGCAGGAGGAGAACGAGGCCCGAGAGCUGCAGCUGCUCUACGGCACGGCCGAGGGGCUCGCCUUGGCCGCGGCCAACGGCAUCAUCCCGCCGCGGCCCGCCUACGAAGUCUUCGGCACCGUGUGCCCCGACAGCGCGAGCGGGGCCGGCCCGGGGCCGGGGCCCGGCUCGGGCUCCGGGGGCGCUGGAGCGGGAGCCGGAGCAGGAGGCACAGAGGCCAAGCUACAGAAGUUUGACCUGUUUCCCAAAGGCCUGCUGCAGCCGGGAGGGGCGGGUUCCCCUCAGCCGCCUGGGGGAAAGCCAGUGUCCCCGGACGGGGCAGACUCGGCGCCCGGCACUUCAUCUCCGGAGGCCCGGCCUGGCUCAGGUUCGGAGAACGGCGACGGUGACUCGUUCCUGGGCUCUCCACAGUCCAAGACGGUGAAGGAAGGGGGUAGCGGAGGCGGCAGCGGCAGCGGCGCCGGCGGCCCCGGCGAGGACGACAGUCCUGGCUCCAUCAGCCCUCUGGGCUCCGACUCGGGCUCCGAGGUGGACAAGGACGAGGCAGCGGCAUCUCCGCCGCCAUCGGGUUCGGGCCCCGGGCCCCGGCAGCGGACGCCGCUGGACAUCCUGACCCGGGUGUUUCCCAGCCACAAGCGCAGCGUGCUCGAGCUGGUGCUGCAGGGCUGCGGCGGGGACGUGGUGCAGGCCAUCGAGCAGAUCCUGAACCACCACCGCGGCGCCGCGGUGGCCGGGGGAGCAGCCGUGGCGGCCGGCGGCCCGGACAAGGGCCCAGACGAGGGCUGGACUGGGCGCGCCGACGGCGGCGGGGGCUCCCUGGGCGCCGCGCUGCAGCCCGGCCCGGCCGCCGCCCACCACCCACACCACAGACCCUUGCUGGCCGGGGCCAUGACCCCAGCCAUCGGGACCCUGGGCAGCCGUUCGGCCUUCUCGCCUCUACAGCCCAACGCCAGCCACUUCGGCGCGGAGGCAGGCGCCUAUCCGCUGGGCACACCCUUGGGCCUGAGCCCGCUGCGCCUGGCCUACUCAGCGGCCGCGCACAGCCGCGGGCUGGCCUUCAUGGCGCCCUACUCCACAGCCGUCAUGCCCACUCUCGGCUUCCGGCCGCCCAUGGACUACGCCUUCAGCGACCUCAUGCGGGACCGCUCAGCCUCCGUGCACAAGGAACCCGUCUACAGCAACGGGGGCGGGCUCUACGGGCCCCUGGUUAACAACAACCCGGACAAGCAAUAGAGAGGGGCAUGGACCGAGGGGAAGUGCCUGGGGCACGGAGUGGGAGAGGAAGCCACGGCCUCCCCUCCCCUCCCCUCCAGGCUUCGUGGCCCAUUUC